GUUGCGUGCUGGUGUGGGCACAUAGUCAGUCAUAGCAUAGCGGUCUUUCACAAGCGACUAUUAUUUAGCUGCUAUCGCUGCAAUAAAUUUGCCUUAAAUUAUUCAUUUAUUUAUUUGUAUAUUCAUAAAUUCGCCCUACAAAGUGACGUAAAACCAAUCGCGUUCAAUUUUUGCAAUACUGUUUGGCGCUAUAUCAUUUCAUUGCCAUUAAUCUGUUUCAUAAACUGUUGGACAAAUUGACCAAUGUACAGCUUUCAGCAAUACUUUUGAGCUAUCGGUCAACAUCCCUUGUGUCAUUAAGUGGUUGUAUCUAGUGUUUUGUAUUUCUCUCAAGGGAGACAUAUAAAUACAUGGAUACUUAUACGUAAAUGUGCUUUAUCUAACAGAAAGUUAAGUGUGUUCGCGCUUGUUUAUUUAAUUUCUGAAUUUUACAAUUGCCAUGUCGCCGCGCUAAAUGUUUGCUUAUUUAUUUUUGAAUACGCGAAUUUAGUGUAAAAUUUGCGGUGUUCGCUCGAUUCAGGUGCGGGAGCUUUCUUACACAAUUUUGCAUUCCAGUUUGAUCCCGCAUUUUUGUGUAUGUUUAUGAAUAUGCUUUUGCUUGUGCUGUGUGUGUGUGUGCGUGCUGCGUUUUAAGCAUUCAUGUACAGAAAUGCAAUAAAAUGCAUUCAUAAAUGGUUUUGUGAAAUUUUUUUGAGUGCUUCUAAUGGAUUUUUGUUUGCGACAGCUGAGACCUUCUCCACCCGCUACGUACACAGAAACGACAAGAUAAAAAGAUAAUUCCACAACCUGCAAUAUCCUACCUAUCAAAAAAACAAAAAAACAUAAAUAACAAAAAAACAAUGCAGCCAUUGCGAUGCAGUUUAAGUAUUCUCCUUGCGCUUGGUAUUUGUCAGCUGUGUCUGGCGGUGCCUGCCUUGCGUGUCAAACGUCAACCAGAUGACCUGCUCUCACUCGAAGCCGAGAGUGCGGCUGCAACCAACAGCGAUUUGAAUCCCAUCAAUGCAGAGGCAGUUUCAGGUGAUGAACUUGAGCGCAACAAAAGAAAAUUGCCCGAAGCAACAUUCGAGGCGAAAAACGCUGUGCUGGGAUUCGUGUUUGGUAAAAUCGACAACUUCCUCGACACGAAAACGCGCGUCAUCGAGCAACUGGAUCGCGCCAAUAUCGAGAAGAACAAGCAGUGGGACAUUAGGCCGCCAGUACCAAUAAAUGAUUUGCAAACUCUCGUCACCGCUGUUGUUUCGCCUAAGAUUCGUGCACUUGGCAAUAUUGCGAACGACCUAACCACUGGCGUAUUGACCACCAUUACCGCCUUCAGCGGCUCAUCAUCAGGCAAUGGCAGUGCGAAUCCAAAUGCUGGCUUAGGUAAUAUUGUUUCGAAAUUCCUGGGCUUCUCUGGUCCCAUACUGCAAGGAUCAGCAGCUGGACCGGCUGGUGGUGGCACAACACCAGCGCCAGAUACCGAUGAAGCGGGCUAUUAAGCGGAAGAAGGGCUGCAAGAGGUUGCUGUGAUGUUAAUUACACAUAUACAUAUACAAACGCAAAAUAUUGUUAGAUGCGCGCCACCCACUAUCCAAUACACCCAUAUUCACAUACAUACACACGUACAUAUUUGAGAAGGUACUUUCAUAGAAGAACAUACAUACAUACAUAUGCACAUGUACAAAGAGGCAUGACACGCGCGUACACGUACCCCCCCAAAACAAUGUCGGAAUUUGACACAUUUUCCAAAAUGAAAGCUAAACAAUCGCGAAAUUUCACACAUUUAGCUUAACUGAGAGAUAAAUAUUUUUCUAAAAAAUAUGUAGAUAGAUGUA